AUGGGACGCACCAUCACCACGGACGACUAUCACAAGCUCGUUGAUGCCUUGCCUCCCGGCACCAACUGGAACGCGAUUCGCCAACGUUUCGUCAAGAUGCGCAAGGAGCAGCGUGCAUGUAUGGAGGAGCUCGGCUGGACACUACCCGAUGGUGCCACUGAGACUCCUACUAAGACACCUACCAAGUCCCCAAAGAAGCGUACUGCUGCCGCUGAGAAGAGCGAUGAGGGUGGUGAUGCUGAGGCCGAAUCCCCCACCAAGAAGCCGCGCGCUCGCAAGCCUAAGAAAGAGACUGUCAAGAAGGAGAUCAAAGUCGAGGACAUGGUUGAUGGUGUACCUUUGGAGGCGUUCUGUGGCUGCUGA